AUGAGCAAUACCCGCUCAGUUUUAGCAUCAAGCAAUAGUAAUUUAAAUGGCAAUCCUAAUAGUACGAGUUCUACAACAACAAGUCUAUCAAAAGAGGAGUUUAGUAGAAAUAAAAUUAUCGAGGAAAUAAGAGAUGAAUAUGAAAGAAAAAUUUCAGCAAUUGUUUUUUGUUUACAAGAGAAAUCUGAAGAAAAUACCGAUUUAAAUUAA